UUCCGCUAGACAGAGGUAUCGGUUUCUACGUGAUGCCACUGAAGCAGUUGCUCAAUCAAAUUCUGAAGACAUUGAUAUUGUUGUGCUUCCCCCUUCUACUGGUGAUCAACCUAUCGACAGCGAUGAAGAAGCUGAAGACGACACACUAGAUCAAAAUGCUAUGCCAGAUGAAGUCAGUGGGGAGCUUGAAGUACAUGACAAUAUGGUUGAUGAAGAAGAUGAGAGUGAGACAAACAGAGAGGCUGGAACAAAAGGAAGAUGGCGUAAAAAGGAAAAUAUCUCACUUGGUCCUCAUUCCAUACCUUCAGGUUUUGGUGAUGUUCAUUUAGGAAAAGACAUGUUUGAGAUCUAUAAACUUUUCUUCACAGAUGAGAUGAUCAGUCAUCUAACACAGCAAACAAACUUGUAUGCACAGCGGGACAAAAACGACAAGAAUUUCAGCAUUGAUGAGGAUGAAAUGAUGAAGUUUCUUGGACUGCUAAUAAUUAGCGGAUAUCAUAGUGUUCCUGCUGAGAAUGACUACUGGUCAACCAGUGAGGACUUAGAAAUUCCAAUAUUUGCAAAGACAAUGAGCAGGGAAAGAUUCAAGUCCAUCAAGAGGUACUUUCACGUAGCUGACAACAACAAUUUAGGAGACUCAAAGAUGGCCAAAAUCCUACCCUUGCUUCAAAUGCUCAAAGAUAAUUGUCAGAAACAUGGCGUUUUUCAUGAAUUCUUGAGCAUCGACGAAUCAAUGAUCCCUUAUCGUGGAAGACACAGUGCAAAACAAUUCAUAAGAAAUAAACCUGUCAGAUUUGGGUACAAGAUGUGGAUGAUGUGUAGUGCUGAUGGAUAUCCUUAUAACUUUUCUCUCUAUUGUGGAAAGGAGGAAAAUAGAAAAGAGCCCUUGGGAACUCAGGUGGUGAUGAACAUGUUACAACCAGUGGUAAAUAAGGAUGAGCAUGUAGUGUUUUUUGACAAUUUUUUUACUAGUCAUGCACUGAUGGUUAACCUUACCAAGAAGGGUGUUCGAGCUUGUGGAACUAUUAGGGAUAAUCGCACCGGAAAGUGCCCUCUUAUGUCAAAGAAAGAUGCUGAAAAGAAAGAGAGGGGUUCAUACGACUAUAGAUCGGAUGAUGUAGUCUUAUGUGCCAGGUGGAAUGACAACAGCAUUGUCACAGUUGCUAGCAAUUAUUAUGGAAUCAGUCCUAUGCAAAAGGUAAACAGAUGGGUAAAAAAAGAAGGAAAAAAGAAUAUACAACAGCCUUAUUUGAUAACCAUGUACAAUAAAGGCAUGGGUGGGGUGGAUGUGUGUGACCAAAUGUUGUCGACAUACAGGCCAAGACUGCGUUCUAGGAAGUGGUAUUGGAAUAUCUUUGCUCAGCUGCUGAACCUCUCCAUUGUAGCAAGCUUCAGGUUCUACCAGUAUGUAAACCCUACCUCUGAAGUAAGCCAUAAGGAUUUCAGGCGGGAUAUAGCUAGGACACUUAUAAGAAUCCAAGAACCCAGAAAAAGAAAAGGAGGGCCAACAUCAACUGUGCCCAAAGCAAUAAGGUAUGACAAUGUCAACCACUUUCUAGAACAAUGUCCACAGGGAAGAUGCAUUCUGUGCAAGAAAAACACACGCCUAAGCUGCGUCAAGUGUGAGAAAAGACUCCAUAAGGGGUGCAGUGCCCUGUUCCACAAGAAAUGAGACAUUGAUGCUAACAGAGAAAUAAAUACAUGAUAUUUUUGUUUGUUCUUUUGGUAUUAAAGGAUAUAUUUUUAUGAAAAGAUCUGUAUAUGAACCCAGUGUACGGAUAAAUUGAAAUAAAUAAUAACAAAUCUGUUUUCUUAGUUAUCUGAAUAAUACAUUUGUAAUUUGAGUUUAUAUGUAUAAUUUGGUACCGGAAGUGUCCAACGUUCCCAUUUUGGGAACACACUGUAAUUUUUCUAAUAUAUGUAAAAAAAAAAAAUUCUUCGUUUCAUUAUCAUAAGUGGAUCUCAACAAGUCAUUACAUAAAU